CUCAUUUUUUUUCUUUCUUUGCGUAUUAAUUCCUGUUUUUAGUUCCUUCGCUGCCGAGGUCCGAUCUCAAUUUUGUUGCGCAAUAAUGUUUGUUUCCAUUCCUCCUCCAUCACCGUCUCAUGCUCAUCAAUUUUCUAGUAUUCUAUUUUUUUUAACUCUACUUUCAGCUUAAUAAAGCCAACCGCGCAUCUAUUCUUCAACUGGUUUAUCUCACUGAUAUAGCCCCCUCUCUUUCGUCACUUUCCAUAACUUCACUAUCUAAAUCAUGGAUGUCAAUGGAGAGGAGGUGCUGAUUUCUCUUAGAGAAAUGGGGGAUUCCUAUGAGGAGCUCCACGAAAACGGCCACCACACCGUCACUAGGCACCCCUCAUACCAGCAUAGUAGUGUGCAGUGGCUUGAUUUGAGAGUGUUCUAUGUUAGAGUGAGCAAAUGUGUUGUUGAUGAUGACUCAACAACCGAGCACCUCACGCUAAAUCACGUCCCGUUGAAUCGCGACACGCUCCUAGAGGUGAACGGUGUGAGGACUAGCAUAUACUCCGAUGGUGUGUCCACCCUCUUGAAAAGGGACAGGCUGGAUAAGCAGUCUGAAAUGGUCACAUUCGUGAGCACCGACAGCAUUAGGGUGACGGGGAGUGUGAAGUUUGAGGUAUUCCGUGAGAAUGUGCUCGUGCUAAUGGGUAGGUUAGAGCUUUGCCAUAGCAAUGGAUCUUUAGGGGAGCAUAGGCAUCAGGGGCAGAUUUGGAGCAUGAGUUGUGAGUCAGAUUUAGUUGCAGGCACCGGAUUUCUCAAAGGGAAUCAGAAUGCGUGUGCACCAGCUGUUGAAGUUUAUGUGGCUGGCAGCUUCUCGGGUAGUCCUAUAAUACUGACUCAGACUUUGCACUUCAGCCACCACAGGAGGAAGCAGACGAGGAAAGGGAUGCUGGAAGCUAUACCGGAAUAUGAGACGGCGCUUAGCCAUAAAGAGGGUCCGUCCACGCUCACAACGCCGUUGAGGAACUUUCAAGAUUAUAGGCAAGAAGAGGAAGGGCACAGCAACGCCUAUUAUGGUAUGGAAUAUUUAGAAGGCGAAGAUGGGGAGUUAUCGUGGUUCAAUGCCGGUGUAAGGGUAGGAGUUGGAAUCGGCCUUGGGAUCUGCCUCGGAGUUGGGGUGGGAGUGGGGUUGCUGGUUCGGACAUACCACGGGACUACGAGAAACUUCACAAGGCGCCUUCUGUAAUGAGGUGCUGCGGAAUGACUAAUCUUACUGCGUUUUUUUCUAUGAAUAACUGCUGUGGAUAUUUGCACUCGGGUCGUGCCUAGACUGUUGCAGAUGAUGCUCACCGUGUUGGAGAAUUCUCAACAAAAUUAAGCUGAUGGCACGAAGUUGGUGGAGUUUCUGAGCAGUUGUUUGCGUUUGAUCUAAUGCUUGUAUGUUGUUUUAUGAAAUGAGAUGUGUGAACUUUGGCUGA